AACAGCGGUGCGCGUUCAUGACAGCACUUCAGACUUGCACUUUUGUCGUCCCGCCGAGUAAAAGCGAGCGGUCCGCAAGAUGACCAUCAAUACUGUGGCUAAAGGAGGCUGGCACCGGGAACAAAUGGCCUGCUUCAGGAAGAUGGAGAAAGUGAUCGUGGCCAUGCAGGACCCAGACAUGGGCAUGAAGAUGAGGAACCAGAGGCUGCUCAUCACGGUCAUCCCCCACGCCAUGACAGGGCAGGACAUAAUUCAAUGGCUGAUCCAAAAAUACAACAUCUCCGAGGAAGAGGCCCUGCACCUGGGGAUGAUGUUGGUGAGAUACGGCUACAUCUACCCCCUCAAAGAACCGAGAUCUCUGGUGCUGCGCCCCGAUGAGUCGCCCUACCGCUUCCAGACUCCAUACUUUUGGACGAGCACGAGGUGGCCCGCGACUGAGCUCGACUAUGCAAUCUACCUGGCCAAGAAGAACAUCCGCAAACAGGGAGAGCUGAUGGAGUAUGAGAAGGAGCGCUACAGUGUGUUACACAAGAGGAUCAACCACACGUGGGACUUUGUGGUGAUGCAAGCCAGAGAGCAGCUCAGAGCUUCGAAGCAGAGACGCAAGUCAGACCGCAUCGUCCUGGAAUGCCAGGAGCAGGCCUACUGGCUCAUCAACAGACCUCCGCCCGGGGUUCACAACGUCCUGGACAUGGGUCUGGAGAGGCCCAACAACUUCAAUCUCCGAGCCCCGCUGAACAGUGACUACUACAAAAGAGAGAUUGAAACGUGCAGACGUGCACUCGGACGAAACCGUGUCAAGUCCUCCAUCUGCCUAGAAGGUUUUGUGAAAUAUAGCGAGCAGUACCAGAACCACGACCCCAUUAUGCAAGGCUGCCUUCCCAGUAAUCCUUGGAUCUCUGAUGACACCGCCUUGUGGACAAUGAAUGCAGAAGUUGUGCCCACACCGACGCGACUUCGAGUGGAGCGCUGGAGCUUCAGCUUCAUGGAACUCCUGAACGAUCCCAUGGGCCGAAAGGAAUUCAUGACAUACCUGGAGAAAGAAUUCAGCGCUGAGAACUUGUGCUUCUGGCAGGCCUGCGAAGACAUUCGACACGGAGAGUCCUCCAAGAUCAUCGAGAAGGUCGAUGAAAUAUACAAAAACUUCCUGGCUCCUGGAGCGGCGCGCUGGGUCAACAUAGACAGCAAGACCAUGGAUAAGACUCUGGAGGGCAUCAAACACCCUCACCGCUUUGUCAUGGAUGACGCACAGAUGCACAUCUACUUCCUCAUGAAGAAGGACUCGUACCCACGGUAUCUAAAGUCAGACCUGUACAAGAACAAGCUGGCCAAAGCCAUUGUCCCACAGGAGACCAAGAAAAGUGUGUUUCCCUUCAUGAGGCGUCAGCGACACUCCAGCCCCUCACCAGCUCAGGCGGCUUCUCACGCCACAGACAACGAAGGCAGCGUCAGGGGCCAAGCAGGGACCAACGCGGCAGGUGGCUCCUGAAUCUUUUUUUUUUCCACCGUGGCAACCGUCGUCUGCAAUCAAGCCAGGUUGUCAGCAUGACUGUAGAGCUUUCAUCUUUAGAUUAAACGUCUAAUAAUAACUGGAGCACCUCAGCAGGACCACGCAGAGAGGCUGGUUAAAGUAGGUACGGAUGGAUGUCUCAGAACUGAACUUGGACUCGGACUGUUCCCUCACCUGAAGCGAUGACCAGCACCUUUCACAUCUUCGUAGCAAUACACUGUUGAGCAAUAGUAAUGUAUCAUAUGACAUAACCAACCAUGCAGGAGAUCUGGCUGUUGCUUCUGUUGUUCAUCUCAAUAAAGCAUAAAUGCAUGUUA